UUUUAAAAAACACAGAUCAAGAAAGUGUACUAUUAAUCAUAUUUUAGUGUGUAGUUUUGUGUGUUGCUUGGUGACGUGUUUUUUUUUCCCUCUAGUGAAAUUUACGUAGAAGAUGGGUUCGCAUUCAACUCCAGGCUUUAAGUUCAUUAAAGGCAGUCUGGGUAUCAGGUCCGAACACUCGGGUCAUUCAAAUGGUGGACACAGCCAUUCACAUGACCACGGACACACCCACACCCAUGAUCUGCCCGAUGGCCCUGGACUCUUCGACCAACGUGACCUGCCUAUGUACAGAACUGACUGGAAUCAGAGAGGCUUCACAGUAGGAGUAGGUGGGCCUGUGGGGUCUGGAAAGACUGCUCUUGUCCUAGCCCUCUGUCAGCUGUUGAGAGAUGACUAUGGAGUCUGCGUCGUCACUAACGAUAUUUUCACAAAAGAAGACUGGGAGUUUCUAAACAAACACAACGCUUUAGAAGCCGAAAGGAUGAGGGCCGUGGAAACGGGAGGAUGUCCUCACGCCGCCAUCAGAGAGGAUUAUUCAAUGAAUAUGGCAGAGGUAAGGGAGCUAACUCAAAAAUAUAAUCCUGAUGUCAUCUUUAUUGAGUCAGGAGGAGAUAAUUUAGCAGCAAACUUUUCAAGAGAGCUGGCAGAUUUCAUCAUCUAUGUCAUUGAUGUAGCAGGUGGUGACAAAAUUCCAAGAAAAGGUGGACCAGGCGUGACUCAAAGUGACCUUCUGGUCAUCAACAAAACAGAUCUUGCAGACGCAGUUGGCGCCAGUCUUCAGGUGAUGGUCACAGAUGCCAACCGAAUGCGUCACGAUGGGCCAGUGGUUCUCACACAAGCCAAAAACGGCAUCGGCGUUCAGGAAGUAGCAAGCCAUAUCUUCAAGGCCAAAGAAUUACAACAGAAGCUUAGUCAAUAAACUGUAUUCACCAAAUGAAACCUGACAUCUGAAACACGUUUUUUGAAUCUCGAAUUCUGAAGCUAGUCUUCAGUAAACUAUAUAUACAACUUUCCAUCUGUCACAUGUAUUUUAUAAUAUGUCAUCUGUGGUAGUCAUUUGUAAUUAAUUAUCUGUAAUCAAUGAUCUGUAAUUAGGCUUCUGUAACUAGACUUCUAUAACAGGUUAUUUGUAACUUUUCUUUAGUAACCAGUUCUUCUUUGUAUCUGAUUCGCCGUAUCUGUUUCUAUGUAACUAUACUAUUAUUACGUAUCUAGUCUCUGUAUCUAGUCUCUGUAUCUAGUCUCUGUAUCUAGUCUCUGUAUCUAGUCUCUCUGUCUAGUCUCUCAAUCUGGCCUCUCAGUCUUGUCUCUGUAUCUAGUCUCUGUAUCUAGUAUCUGUAUCUAGUCUCUCAAUCUAGUCUCUGUAUCAAGUCUCUGUGUCUAGUCUCUGUAUCUAGUCUCUGUAUCUAGUCUCUGUGUCUAGUCUCUGUAUCUAGUCUCUGUAUCUAGUCUCUGUGUCUAGUCUCUGUAUCUAGUCUCUGUAUCUAGUCUCUGUAUCUAGUCUCUGUGUCUAGUCUCUGUAUCUAGUCUCUGUAUCUAGUCUCUGUGUCUAGUCUCUGUAUCUAGUCUCUGUAUCUAGUCUCUGUAUCUAGCCUCUGUGUCUAGCCUCUGUAUCUAGUCUCUGUAUCUAGUCUCUGUAUCUAGUCUAUGUAUCUAUUCUCUGUGUCUAGUCUCUGUAUCUAGUCUCUGUAUCUAGUCUCUGUAUCUAGCCUCUAUAUCUAGUCUCUUUAUCUAGUCUCUCUGUCUAGUCUCUGUAUCUAGUCUUUGUAUCUAUUCUCUGUGUCUAGUCUCUGUAUCUAGUCUCUGUAUCUAGUCUCUGUAUCUAGUAGGGGUGCACCGGAUAGUACUUUUUGAUAUCCGGCCGGAGCCGGAUAUAACCGGAUAGUACAAUUAGAUAUUCGGCCGGAGCUGGAGCCGGAUAGCUACAUGACUCAAAAAGCUUGUUUUACUG